AGAAAAGGAAUCAAAAGCCCCAUUCGUUAAGUAAAGCGCUACGCGCAGUUUUCAUCAUCCAAAUCGCAGCUAUAAGUUCAUCUUCUUGUUCUCUCUCCUGAAUUGAAGAGAGAGAAAGCGACUUCUGUUUCUCUGUUGGAUUGGUCGUGAUCCGAUCCUUACUGGGUUUGAAAUUUUUUGGACUCGUUGUGUUUGUCCAUGGCCUCUGCUGCUGCACUAUUUUAAAGGGAAUUAGAGACCCUGAGAGAGAGAUUUCAAUAUCUAUUUCGUUUUUGUGAGUAAUUUUUGUUUUGGGCAUUUUGUCGAACAGAUGGUGGGCAUAUUUUCAAGGUUUUCAUCUAGUAGAACAGGGCAUCGACGAGCUCAAAGUGCACUUGAUGGAAGAGAAGGACUGCCUUCAAUCCCAGAAAGUACUGGUGUUAGUGAUACCACUGCUGCUGCUGCUUCUCAUGGAAUUGAAGUGGCUGUGGAGUUCAAGCCUGUUGAACACCCGAUCGAGCCUCUCGACAACGACAGGCCAAUUCAGUGCCCGUUGCCUGAACCGUCUAUUCUGAAUGACGGAAGAAUAUGGAAGGAACGAGUAUCGAGUCUUCGAAGAAUGCCAGAUAUGCCUGUCAUGAAAGAACCCGAAAUUUGUGAGACUAGAUCACGGGCAACACGGACAAUCUUACCAUCAAUGAGUGCUCCUGAACAUAACAUCCUAAACCUACUCGAGGAAUCCGGGAUAUAGCACGACUAAUUACUUCUCAUAUGGAGUCUAGAGUUGCCUA